AUUUUUGGCCACCGCCUCUCAACUAAAAACCGACGUGAGGAUGCUUCUUCGACGGCCACUUCAUGUGGCUUCUCGCGUUGGUCACGUAGUUCCUCCGUGGCAUCAUCAAUCUGCACUUCGCCCUUCUCACGUUCGCGCCAGCAUGAGGCACUCCCGCGGCCGCCUUCCAGUGCGAAAUCCACCCGUCCUGCAUCGACAGGCAGAUGCCGGCGCUGCCGGGCUUGGCCUCAUUGCAGGCGGCAUCGUCGUCACGAAUGCCACGUCCAUCGACGUGCAUUCGAUGUCCAUCGUUGAUCUCCUGACAGAUUCCUUCGCCAUGGUGUCUGCCAACGUGCAAAACCACGUACGUCCUAGUCUUGUCAUGACAUCAUUCCAAUCCUCGUCAUCAUGCACGUUGUCAUCAGUGGGACGACGACAACCGCCGCCUCCUCAUGGCCUUGAUCGCCACCAACACAGCUGUGUUUGGCAUGUGGAAGGUCUCGCAGCGGCAUGCUGGCCUUGCCAAGUUCAUGUGGACGCACUUCGCGUGCUCAUUCCACGGCGUAGCUACAGAGAGGCGCGUCCAUACGUUGGUCACGUCCGCAUUCAGCCACCAGACGCCUUUGCAUUUUGGCAUCAACAUGUUCAUGCUGUGGCACUUUGGGUCGGCCGUGCUCCCGCCGAGUAACCACGACGCUUCUUCCUUCCGCCGCCGCCAACCCAUCCAAGGCGGCACAUCAUCUUGGCUGCCGUCGUCGAUGGCCAAGCAGCACCGCUACGUUGUCCACGAACCUCGAACGUUGGACAGUCGUGAAUUCGCCAAGAUCUACGCUACGAGUGCAAUUGCUUCGUCCGUGCUCAGUGCCGUGGUGUCGGGGCUGCGAGGCAUGGGCCACGUGUAUUCGAUUGGUGCCAGCGGUGCAGUGUUUGGCGUUUUGACUGCUUACUGCAUCAUGCAUCCGGAACGAGAGCUACUGCUGUACGGCGUCCUGCCCCUCACCGCAGACGAAAUGCUCAAGCUGUCCGUAGCAGUGAAUGGCGUCGGGUCGGUGUUUCAGCACGCCCAACACCGAGCGUUGGCCGCGCUUGUCCCCAAUGUCGACUUUGUCGGACAUUUGGGAGGUCAAGCAGCGGCGUACGCGAUACUUCCCAAGUAAACACACCCAUGAAACGACGUGGAAGUUGUAUUCAGUGACUUGGGCGGCAGACAUGAUGUGUUCAAAGUGUCAGGUUAUUUGAAAUCAUAGCAAUGCCGACAAAUUGAAUUGAACGAUUCACACACAUGAUGAUUGGCAUAGUAACCAAAACGGUGUCGAUGUCACAUCGUUACUUCAUACUCCA